GUCCCCGAUCGCCGCUGCCCUCGCCUCGCGAUCUGUCCGCUUGGCUGCUUCUCCCCAGCUUUCGUCUCACCGCCGUUGCCUGGCUGUCGCUGCGACAAUGCUCGCCAAAGAUCACCGAGGAUCGCUCGCUGCAGUCUCGCCGCACGAGUUCCGUCUCAGCUGCGUCCCUGCUUCGGCGCUCAAGUCCAUCUCCAACUCGCCCAGCACCCAGGCCACAGCCGAUUAUGCCGAUGCCAUUGUCGACGUGCUUGCUUCAGCCAACUGCUGUCCGUACUGCAUCCUGCGGUAUUUCGAUGUUCGAGACGUUCAGCGAUAUCGAUCUCAUCGAACCCUCGUCCAGCCCUCCGAUCGCAUCGUGGCUGGCGACUACUCAUCCCAGAGCCGCUCUGGGCCGACAGCCGCUGCAAAGGACGGGGGCUCGGCGCCUGCAGCUUCCAGCGGCAAGCCUGAAGUAGCCAAGGCCAUCUUCAACGCAGGCGGCAGAUGCUCCGUCUGCUUCGAUAUCCUCCAUCUGGACUAUGACGCCCUCGCCAAAUCCAAGGCUGGCGAGAUGACGGGCAUCGACACUGCUGAUAGCCCGGGCUCCUCGUACCAAGGCGCGACGACAUUCACCACCUCCCUCAAGGUUCCCGUUGCCCUGAGCCUCCGGCACAGAUGUAUUGAUCUAUUGAUUGCGUCCCUCCAUGCCUCCCACAGCCGUGAUUCCCCGGAACUCAUCAAGCCCACGUCGUUCUCGGUCAAGGACCUGGCCAAGAGCUUUCUUGUCGACGCAGUCAAGCGCUCAACUGGAUUGAGGUUUGAGCCAAAUAGUCCGUUUAUGCUGGAGGUCCAGUUCAGCAACCGAGAGAUCGAGAAGGAGUACAUGUGGCUGACCAAAGUUCCUGAAGCCAAUUUCAAAGUGAAGAUCAGGAGAGCCAAGGGCCAAGAGAUCGUCGAGGGCCUGUCCCAGGAGAAGGUUGCCAACUCUGCCAGUUUGCUCGGACUGGACCACUAUGUCAGCCACGAUCACUGUCCUCCUCGUCUUGUCAGCCAAGACACUGUCUACGACGAGCCAAGGCUGACCCAUGCGCCCAUCUUCGUCGCCGGGCGAUAUUGUAAGCUCCAGCGCAACAUCAGCCAUUCUCCGUGGAUUGUGGAUGGCAGGAAGAAAACAGAGGACUCUGUGGAGGAGCUGAUUGCGGUGCAUCUUAAAAAGCUCUUCAACAAUGCGACCCACCGGUUUGCAUCAUCGGGUCGCGAAGAUGCAGAUGUUCGUAUGCUCGGCGAUGGCCGUCCGUUCUACUUUGAGCUCAUCAACCCUCGAGUGCUGGUGCCGACAUGUGCUCAGAUGGUCGCGCUUGAGGAGAGUAUCAACCAAAGCUCCGUGGGCAAAGUCUCGGUUCGCGACUUGCAGGUGGUCUCCAAGGACUCCACCAACAUCAUGAAAGACUCGGUGGACACCAAAAGCAAGUCGUACAGCUGCAUUGUAGAGCUUGCCGAGCCCGUCACAAAGCAAGCCAUUCUCGAUAAACUCCAUGACAAGAGCAACAUCGAGGUCCAACAACGCAACCCAACUCGCGUUCCGCGUCGCGCCGAUCUGGUUCGAAACAAGUGCGUCGAGCACCUGAGCGUCGAAUUCCUUGAUCCCAGUGGCACGGACAGCGUUGACGCUCAAGAGGUCACCAAAUUUCGAGCGAACAUGAAGACAAGCGCGGGCACAUACGUCAAGGAGUUUAUCAGCGGCGACGACGGACGAACGACGCCAUGUGUAGCCACCCUGCUUGGAGUCUCUGCUGCUGUGUGCCAACAGCUUGACGUAACUCGGAUCCAUCUGGACUGGCCCCCGAAGCGGUCGGAUGCCGCUGAGCAAGCGUCGGAUGGGGCUGCUAAGAAGCACACUAUCGAUGCGCCCACGACAGAUGCAAGCGGUGGUGCGGAUAAGAAAGCCAAGCUCGGGCUAUAAUGCCCAGGAAUGCGGACUGGCGCCUCUGCGACUGGUAUAUAAUCCAUACUGAGAUGAUGCGUACGCUGUCCGAGACAGGUCGCGUUUGCUAUCGCAACAACGCAACAACGCAACACGGCUAUACUGCGUCGUGGGAAUCGAGCGAGUGGGUCUGGGCAUUAUGAUGGAUGAGAGUCGAUGUCCUUGCAACCAGGACCAACCGGCCACGAAGCGGAAUGUCUUAUGGCGCUGUGUGCGG